CCGCGAACAUUCAAGACUCGAUCAACGUGGAUGAGUACUCCGUCGCGUGUAGUUCUGUGGGGCAGAAUUCGAAGUUGGCGGCUGCGUUUAAGGCUUUGACGAUUAAAGAUGAGAGUAAGAAGAAAGGGGGAGAUGGUGGGGGGGACGGGACGGGUUUUGCUUUUCAACUUGUUCCUGAAAGGAGUCAUUUGAAGGGUCCUGUUGGGGGGAAUUCGAAAACUCAUCAUUUUGCGGUCAAGUCGAAGGAUGAGAGGAUUGAUUGGAUGAGGGAGUUGAUGCUUGCUAAGGCUAGGGAGCAGAGGGGGAAAGGGUUUGAGGUUGAGGUGAAUGGGGAACGGGCUUGAGUCGAAUCGAAUGCAAGUGAGGAGGCGGCCUCUUUUUUUUUGGUUUUCUGGUUUUCUUCUUGAAAAAUAUUUUUUUUAGCGUUUAGCGUUAUGUUUAUAUCCGAGUUUCUAUAGGUUAGCGAUAAUGAGUAUUGAUGGUUGAUGAUGAUGAAAACCAAAAAAAAGAGAAAUGAAGUUUAUGAGAUGGAAUGGAUUGGAUUGGAUUAGGAAAACUUUUUUUUGGGCCUUAGGGCUAAGUUACUAUCGAUACUACUACUACUACUACUUUUUUUUCGGUCUUUGCAGAUGGAGGGGAGGCGAAGCGAAUUGGAUAGAUCAAAAACGAAACGAAACGAAACGAAACGAAACUUACUGCGCGAUCUGAGCCUUGUACAUAUGUACAGUGACGAUGUCUACAUAGCAACGAUAUAG